UCGUGAAAAAUCCGGCCGAGAGCGCAUCGAGAACCUUCCACAAACACCAUAUAAUCGAUACCCUUGUUCCACACAAACAUCUAGCUCUAUCCCCCACACACAUCACAAUGAAUAGCACUCCCACUGUCGUUGUCUUAAAGGAAGGUACUGAUGCCUCUCAAGGCAGAGGCCAGAUCAUCUCCAACAUCAAUGCCUGCUUGGCCAUCCAGGACACAUUGAAGCCGACCUUGGGUCCGUUGGGGUCGGACAUCUUGAUUGUCAACUCCCGUGAGGAGGUAACCAUCACCAAUGAUGGGGCCACCAUCCUAAAAUUGUUGGACGUGGUUCAUCCUGCGGCCAAGAUUUUGGUGGAUAUUGCGAGAGCGCAGGACGCUGAGGUCGGUGACGGGACCACCACCGUAACGCUUUUGGCGUCUGAGUUGUUGAAGGAGUCCAAGCAGUUCAUCGAGGAGAACAUUUCCUCGCACAUCAUCGUCAAGGGUUACCGCAGAGCUGUGCAGUUGGCGAUCGAGCAAAUCAAGGCGUUGCAGUACUCUGUGCCAGAGAAGAAGGACACCCACGACGCCGACUUCAAGCAGUUGUUGAAGCAGUGCGCCUCCACCGCGAUGUCUUCGAAGAUCAUCAACUCCAACGCGGCGUUCUUUACCGACAUGGUGGUUGACGCGGUGCUCACCCUCGGGCCGCACUUUAACCCCGCCAUGGUGGGCUGGAAAACGAUUCCCGGUGGCGGCAUGACCGAGACCAGAUUGGUCAAGGGGGUGGCCUUCAAGAAGACCUUCUCGUACGCCGGCUUUGAGCAGCAACCAAAGUACUUCACCAACCCAAAGGUAGUGUGCUUAAAUGUUGAAUUAGAGUUGAAGGCCGAGAAGGACAACGCCGAGAUCCGUUUGGAGAAGGUUUCUGACUAUCAGAACAUUGUGGAUGCCGAAUGGACCUUGAUCUUCCAGAAGUUGGAGAAGAUUGUUGAGAGUGGUGCGCAGGUUGUGUUGUCCCAGUUGCCUAUCGGCGACUUGGCCACCCAGUACUUUGCUGACCGCGGCAUUUUCUGUGCUGGCCGUGUGCCAUCCCAGGACAUGCAGAGAUUGUCUACCGCGCUCGAUGUUAACAUCCACUCCACCGUCUCCUCCGUUACCCCAGAGGACUGCGGUGUCUGCGGCCUGUUCCAGGAAACCCAGAUCGGUGCCGAACGCUACAACUUGUUCACCGACAUCCCCGACACAACUACCGUCACCUUCUUGAUGAGAGGAGGUGCUGCCCAGCAGAUUGCCGAGUUGGAGAGAUCCCUCAACGACGCCUUGCAGGUGGUCAAGAGAACCUUGUCCAACUCUGCGGUCGUUGCGGGCGGUGGUGCUAUCGAGAUGGAGUUGUCCAAGCACAUCAGAGACUUUGCCAAGACCAUUCCGGGCAAGCAGCAGUUGAUCAUGAUCGCUUUUGCCAGAGCGUUAGAGGUGAUUCCAAGAACCUUGGCCGACAAUGCCGGGUUAGACAGCACCGAGAUCUUGAACAAGUUGAGAUCGCACCACGCCAAGGGCGACAAGUGGUUCGGUGUCGAUUUGAGCGACGAUGCUAACUACGAUGCUGUUUCUGUUGGCGAUUUGAUGGAGAAGUGUGUCUGGGAGCCAGCUAUGAGUAAGAUUAACUCCUUGAGCGGUGCCGUCGAGGCCGCCUGUUUAAUCUUGUCUGUUGAUGAGACUGUCAAGAACCAGUCCAGAGAUAACCCGAACGCUGCCAUGGCCCAGCAGAUGGCUGGCAGGGGCAGAGGCAUGCCACAAUAGAGAGUUGAGCACCUGUAUACUAGUCAGUCCAUAUAAGUCGUAUUCGAUAUAAAUUUACGUUAAUC